GGUCAUUGUGCCAUUCAUUUUUGUGUCGGCGGGAACCUAGUAAAGAUGGACUGGAAACAAGUGCUUUUUCUUUCCUGCCUCACGACUUUCGUGCUCCUGACUGUCCUUGAGGGAGGCAAUACCGUGGCCGUGAGUUCCCAGAAAGCAGCUGCUGAUGAAUCGAGUAAGCAAAAUCUGAAAAAGAGAGUCUUCAUGAAGGAAUCGGAUGCCUCUAACUUUUUCAAGAAGAGAGGCAAAAGAUCUACCAAAUCCAGGGACGAGCUCAAUGCGGAGACUCGUCAGAUGCUGGCCGCUGAUGAACAAAGGAGGGAAUACUACGAGGAGCAGAGGAAUGAGUUUGAGAAUUUUGUCGAGGAGGAACGCGAUGAGCAAGAUGAAAGAAGCCGAGAACAGAUUGAGCAGUGGCGCCAGUACCAUUAUGAUGGCCUCUACCCACCAUAUCUAUACAAUCGCCACAUUGUCUAG